AUGGCAGCCGCCCCCACCGCCACCUACAAAAUCCGAGUGGCCACCGGCAACUACCUCUUCGGUGGCACCAUGGACACCAUCUCCAUCUCCUUGGUGGGCGCUCACGGGGAGACGCCCAAGUUUCACCUGGAUAAAUUCGGCAAAGAUUUCUCUCCGGGAGAAGUAGAGGAAUUCGUGGUGGAAACCCAGAUGGAGUUGGGGAAUCUUCUGUUGGUCCGUCUCCAUAAGGAGCCCUACGGCUUCUUCCCGCCCACCAACUGGAAUUGCAGCUUCAUCGAAGUAGAGACCCCCGAGGGGCGGACGCACCGUUUCCCUUGCUACCAAUGGAUCCUAGGGUACCCCACCUUUGAGCUCCGAGAAGGGACAGGUGAGACCUUCCCAUCUUCUAUGAAGCUUCUUGAAGGAACUAAAAUUGCUCCCCUGGAUGCCAGCAAUCCACUGCUCUUAGAACAUCGGAGGUACGAGCUGCUAGCAAAACAGGAAGCCUACAGGUAUAAAGAUUAUCAGCCCGGAUGGCCCAAAUGCCUCGACGCUGAUUCGGUAGACCAAUUGCACCUGAGCGAUCAAUACUCCAGCAUCAAAUCCUGCUCCUUCCGCGUCCUUCGGAAAGCCGCGGAAAUCGAGUUGAAGCUAAAAGGGUUGUUGAACCUCAAGGGCUCCUGGAGAAAGUUAGCUGACAUCCGAAGGGCGUUUUGGUUUUAUCGGACCCCAACUUCAGAAUACGUCAGCAAGUAUUGGGAUGAAGAUGCUUUUUUUGGCUACCAAUAUCUCAACGGGGCGAGCCCUGGGAUCAUCCAGCGAUGCUCAGAGAUUCCAGCCAAAUUCCCGGUCACACAAGAGAUGGUGGCCGAAUCGUUGGGACUGGAGACCACCCUGGAGGAAGAGGUGAAGAAAGGCCGGGUCUUCCUCAUCGACUGCCAGAUCCUGGAGGGUCUCCCAGCCACCACAAUCAAUGGGUCCCCCCAGUACGUCUCGGCUCCCCUCUGCCUCCUCCACCUCAACCCCUGGAAGGAGAUGAUGCCCAUUGCCAUUCAGCUGACUCAGCAACCUGGGCCCAGGAGCCCCAUUUUCCUCCCCACGGAUCCGGAGUGGGACUGGGCGCUGGCCAAGUUCUGGGUCCGCAACAGCACGCUUUACCUCCAUGAGAUCCUGGCCCACCUGCUUCACACACACCUCUUGGUGGAGGCCUUCCUGUUGGCCACCCUCCGGCAGCUUCCCAAGUGCCACCCCGUGUACAAGUUGUUAAUCCCCCACUUCCGUUACACGCUGCAUAUCAACAUCCUUGGCCGGACGCACCUGUUGGCCCCCGAUGGGAUGCUGGACAAGAUGUUAGGCACAGGUUUCCAGGGUCUGUCGCAGUUGGUGGCCAGGGGCCUUUCGAAGCUGACCUACUCCAUGCUCUGCCUCCCUGAUGACCUCCGGGAGAGAGGGGUGGAUUCAUUGCCCAACUACUACUACAAGGAGGAUGGGUUGAAGCUCUGGAGUGCUAUAGAGAGCUUUGUGUCUGGAAUGGUCGGUCUCUAUUACCCAAGCGACGGAGCUGUGGAGAAGGACAUGGAGCUGCAGGCUUGGGUGGCUGAAAUCUUUGAAAAGUGUUUCCAUCACCGGCAAACCUCUGGUUUUCCUGCACAUCUAGGAACUAUUGCUGAGUUAACCAAGUUUCUGACCAUGAUGGUCUUCACCUGUUCAGCCCGCCAUGCCAGUGUCAACAAUACCCAGUUUGAUUUUGGAGCCUGGAUGCCCAACUACCCUUCCACCAUGAGAAGGCCUCCCCCGGAAUCCAAGGGAAGUGUGACGUUUGCCGACAUCAUGGAGACCUUGCCAGAUGUCAGCACCAGCUGCCAGACAUUGCUCAUCUUAUGGCUCCUGAGCAGAGAACGAGGAGACAAGAGAUCUCUGGGCUACUACCCUGAGGAACAUUUCACGGAGGAAGGUCCAAAGAAGGUCAUCGCCACGUUCCAAAAAAGUCUGGCCAACAUCUCCCGGGAAAUCGAGGAGAGGAACCGACGCCUUUCGCUGCCGUACAAUUAUCUCAACCCUUCUGAGGUAGCGAACAGCAUCUCCAUCUAA